AUGGAGAAGUACAAGAUACUUGAAGACACAGAGAUAAUUGAGGGGAAUAAACUAGCAGAGCAAGAAGUUGAAGAUGAAGAUUCAGAAGAGGAACAAUUACAUUAUGAGGGUGACACUGAGGUUGAGGACUUGUUUGAGAUGGAGGAGGAGGAGCAGGAGAAGGAGGAUGAGGUCAAUGUUGUUGCAACUGAAGAAGCACCAAUGCAAAAACCUGCAAAAAAGAGGAAGAAUCUGGUAGUUAGGAGAGGCCCUACUACUAGGACACAUUCAAGUGUGUUGGAGGAGGUGCAACCUGAUUUCAUUCCUUCAUCAGAUGAAGAAGAUGAUGGGUUGCUGUUUGAGGAUGAAGAUGAUGGACAUGAGCCACUGUCAUUUGUUCUACCUAAAGGGAGGAAGAGUAGGGCCAAGAACAGGAAACCAAGGAUCUGGUACAAUGACAAACUUGAGCAACCACAUCAGCAGUUAUGUCUGUACAUGUGCUUCAAGAAUCAGCAGCAAUUCAGAGAUGCUUUGUUGAGCUUGCACAUCACACAGGCCAGAGACUUCAGUUAUGACAGAAAUUCAGACCAAAGGAUCAUUGCCUGUUGUAAGCAAGAGCACUACCACUUUUGCAUAGUUGCUGCAGUUAUCAAAGGGGAGAAGACUUUUGCUAUUAAGAAAAUAAGGCUGGAGCACACUUGCCCUAGCAGCACUGAGACAUCUAGGAUUAGUGCCAAGUGGCUUGCAAAAACCUAUGAGUCAUUGUUCAGGUCUGAUCCAACCACCAGCAUACACACUCUGAUUGAAAACUGCAAUGAGAAGUAUGGUGUUGAUGUGCCAAGGCACAUGGCCUAUAGGGCCAAAAACCUUGCUGUGGAAGUUGUGCUAGGAGAGCACAAGAAGCACUAUCCCAGGCUUAGGGAUUAUGCUCAGAGCAUCAUGGAUACAAACCCUAGUAGUAGAGUUGUAGUUGCAACAGUUACUCCAAGACCAACUACAAAAAUACCACAUCUAGGACCAAGGUUUCAUGCUAUGUUCUUCUGCAUAAAUGGAGCAAGGGAGGGAUUUCUCAAUGGAUGCAGACCAUUCAUUGGUGUUGAUGGAUGCUUUAUUAAGCUCGCCACUGGUGCUCAAAUCCUAGCUGCCACUGGAAGAGAUGGGAAUAAUAAUAUUUUCCCACUUGCAUUUGCUGUUGUUGGACAAGAGGACACAGUUAACUGGUGUUGGUUUCUACACCAACUGAAGAUAUGUCUAGGAGGAGAAGUUGGCAAAUUUGGGCCUUAUACUACCAUGUCUGAUAGACAGAAGAAUGUUGGGUUUAGGGGGGAAGAUCUUAAGAAAUGCAUGGAUAAUGCCAGCUAUGCUUAUAACCAGCACAAGUUUAACAUUUCCAUGAAUGACUUGAAAAAUGAGAGUGAGGAAGCUUGGAAGUGGCUAAGUGGAAUACCUAAGCACACAUGGGCUAGGCAUGCUUUUGACACUAACUGCAAGACAGACUUGGUUGUAAACAACCUGUCUGAGGUGUUCAACAAGUACAUCCUAGAUUUUAGAAAAAAACCUAUUAGGACCAUGAUUGAUGGUAUUAAGGACAAGCAGAUGGUGAGGUGGCAUACAAACAGAGAGAGAGGAAAGGCAUCUCUGUGGGAGAUCACACCACAUUAUGCUGAGAAGCUUGAGGAAGAAAAGGAAAGGGCCGGAUUCUGCAAACCUAAUCAAGCUGGUGUAAAUCUUUGGCAAGUGACCAGUGGGCAGCAAACACAUGCUGUAAACUUGGAAGUUUAUACAUGUGGCUGCAGAAAGUGGGACCUGUCUGGCAUACCAUGCAACCAUGCAAUAUCAGCAAUUAACAAGGCAAAAAGAUUUCCAGAGGACUAUGCACCUGCAAGAUCAAGGAAUGAAGAUACUCCAUCAGGAUCACAGCAGCCACCAACAAGGUCUGCUUCUGCAAGAUCUGCUAGUGCAAGAUCUGCUACUGCUAGAUCUGCUACUGCAAGAUCUACUUCAAGAUCUGCUAGAGGGCCAGCUAGUGCAAGUGCAAGAUUUGCAAGGCCUUUCACUGCCCCAAGAUUUGCUGCAGGAGCUUCAUCUUCUGGUCCUUCUACUUCUGGUGCUCCUUCAAGUGUCCCAGGGAAUUAUACUCGCUUGAUGUCAUUCUUUACUGCCAGUGGUAACACUUGA